UUCAUUUUUGUCGCUUAAUAUUUAUGGAGUAUUAGUUUAUCAUUAUCAAAAACCAAAACGUACACUUUCUCCAUUUUUCUGCAGGUGACCUUCCUUCCUUCGUCUUCUUUAAUUCAUUUCCCUCUCAAAGAACAGAAUUUAUUUGCAGAUUUUCCUUCUUUAAUGGAGAAACCCUCAAGCGUUCAGCAAAAGAAAGCGUUGAAGCAGACGAAAACGACGACGAAAAGUUCCAAGCAGCUCAAAGUUGUGUACAUAUCAAACCCUAUGAGGGUCGAGACAAGCCCGUCGGAAUUUAAAGAUUUGGUCCAGGAGCUCACCGGCCAAGACGCCGACGUGCCGGACGCAUCCAAGUUCCCGGCGGCGACCCAGAGUCCCGGUGCCUCCGGGGAGAAGCCUGCUGUGGUGUUUCCCGACGGAGGGGGCAAGGUCGUGGCGGAGGAAGAUCUUUCCGGCGAAGGGAGACCGGCGCCGGAGAGUUCAGAUCUCUCGUCGGAGGCGGGGCAGGACUACGUGCCGGAAUUGAUUGAGGCUUUUCCGGCGGGGGUAAUGCCGUCCAACAUGUGGUAUGAUUGAUCGUACGUAGUAUUGAAUAUUUUAAUGUGAUUAUUAUGAUGGAACUGUCAUUAAUUGCUUAUUUUGUAAUGUUGGAGAGGAAAAAAAAAAAGAUUUUUAAAAAGAGAAGAGAAAAGGAGAAGUGUUGUGAUUUUAUUUGUCCGUACGAAUGAAUGGAAGAGUGUUGAACCCUAGCUAGUUUGCAUGCUACUCUAUGUCUAGGGUUUCAUUUGGUAUUUCUGCACGUUUCUGUCGGUGGUGCUUGGUGGUGCUAAUGGCCAGACCACCAUUACCUUUUGGCUACAUUUGAUUGGUUUGCAAACCUGUCAAGUGAAUCAAUAUCUAUGUAUACAAACUAAAUUACCAAUGCAAGUAUAUAUUCUUAUUUCAAGGUUGAUUGAGGGGUUUACAAGGUUGGUUUGUACUUACUCUAGAUUAAUUCAAUUUGAUUUAUUAAAGCAUUUACAAAUUAUCUUA